AAUCAAAAGCAGACCGGACAUGGGAAACUAAUUAAUCUUUGAGGAGCAGAUCCAUCUUUAAUAAACUAAUUACAACCUCGGAAAUGGGAACUUCAGUAAAUAUUAUAGUUGGAUCUCAUGUUUGGAUUGAGGAUCCACAUGUAGCUUGGCUUGAUGGUGAAGUGCACAAAAUCAAUGGUGAUCAAAUAGAGAUCCUCACAAGUGAUGGCAACAAGGUUGUUAGAAAGUUAUUGGAAGUUUCUCCCAAAGAUGUGGAAGCUCCUGCUGGCGGGGUUGAUGACAUGACGAAGCUGUCUUAUUUGCACGAACCGGGAGUUUUGCAGAACCUCAAAUCCAGAUAUGAGCUAAAUGAAAUAUAUACGUACACGGGAAAUAUUCUCAUUGCCAUAAACCCUUUCCAAAAACUACCCCAUCUCUAUACUGCACACAUGAUGCAGCAGUACAAGGGAGCGCCGCUUGGCGAGCUCAGCCCUCACGUCUUUGCUGUUGCCGAUGUUGCUUACAGGGCGAUGAUUAAUGAAAAGAAAAGCAAUUCCAUUCUUGUGAGUGGAGAAAGCGGAGCAGGUAAAACCGAGACCACUAAAAUGCUUAUGCAGUAUCUUGCGUUUUUGGGUGGCCGUGCAGCUACUGAAGGAAGGACAGUUGAACAACAAGUUCUUGAAUCUAAUCCAGUCCUUGAAGCAUUUGGCAAUGCAAAGACGGUUCGAAACAACAAUUCAAGCCGAUUUGGAAAGUUUGUUGAGAUUCAGUUUGAUAAACAUGGAAGAAUAUCAGGAGCAGCCAUUAGGACUUACCUCCUCGAAAGAUCCCGGGUUUGCCAAAUUUCUGAUCCGGAGCGUAACUAUCACUGUUUUUAUUUACUAUGUGCAGCACCACAAGAGGAAAUUGACAAGUAUAAGUUGGGACACCCCAAAACUUUUCACUACCUCAACCAAUCAAAUUGCCACGAGUUAGUAGGCGUGAGUGAUGCACAAGACUAUCUUGCCACUAGAAGAGCUAUGGAUAUUGUCGGGAUCAGUAAAGAAGAGCAGGAGGCAAUUUUCAGAGUUGUUGCUGCAAUUCUUCAUAUCGGUAAUAUCGAUUUUACCAAAGGGAAGGAGAUUGAUUCUUCAGUUCCAAAGGACGCCAAAUCCAAAUUCCAUCUCAACACAUCGGCAGAACUUCUAAUGUGUGACCCCGUGGCUCUCGAAGAUGCAUUGUGUAAACGUGUCAUGGUCACUCCUGAAGAAGUAAUAAAACGAAGUCUUGACCCCCUUAGUGCAGCAGUCAGCCGGGACGGAUUGGCUAAGACUUUAUAUUCUAGGCUAUUUGACUGGUUGGUAGAUAAGAUAAAUGUUUCCAUCGGGCAAGAUUCGCAAUCAAAGUGUAUCAUUGGGGUCCUAGACAUUUAUGGUUUUGAAAGCUUUAAGCAUAAUAGCUUUGAGCAAUUUUGCAUAAACUUUACGAAUGAGAAGCUGCAGCAGCACUUUAAUCAGCAUGUAUUCAAGAUGGAGCAAGAAGAAUACACAAAAGAGGCAAUCGAUUGGAGCUACAUUGAAUUCGUUGACAACCAAGAUGUUUUAGAUCUUAUCGAAAAGAAACCAGGUGGGAUCAUUGUCUUACUUGAUGAAGCUUGUAUGUUUCCUAAGUCAACACAUGAAACAUUUUCAAACAAGCUUUAUCAGACGUUCAAGAAUCAUAAGCGGUUUCUCAAGCCGAAAUUGUCUCGUACAAACUUCAUAAUUUCACAUUAUGCUGGAGAAGUGCAAUACCAAUCUGACCAAUUUUUAGACAAGAACAAAGACUAUGUGGUUGCUGAACAUCAAGACCUCUUAAGUGCUUCCAAGUGCUCCUUUGUGGCUGGUCUUUUCCCUGCCCUACCCGAGGAGACAAAAUCCUCGAAAACUUCCAAGUUUUCUUCAAUUGGUUCACGUUUCAAGUUACAACUACAGCAAUUGAUGGAGACUCUGAAUGCUACGGAGCCUCACUACAUCAGAUGUGUUAAACCUAACAAUCUUCUCAAACCUGCCAUAUUUGAAAAUGUUAACAUUCUGCAACAACUGCGUUGUGGUGGUGUCUUAGAAGCAAUUAGAAUAAGUUGUGCUGGAUACCCAACUCGGCGCCCUUUCUUUGAGUUCAUAAACAGAUUUGGGCUCCUUGCACCAGAGGCUUUGGUGGGAAACUAUGAUGAAAAGGUUGCUUGCCAAAAGAUUUUAGAUAAAUGGGGGUUAAAAGGGUACCAGAUAGGAAAGACAAAGAUAUUCCUUAGAGCUGGACAGAUGGCCGAGCUGGAUGCACGAAGAGCAGAGGUUUUGAACAGUGCAGCAAAGGCUAUACAAGGACGAAUAAGAACUCACAGUGCCCGUAAAAGUUUUAUAUCUCUGAGAGAGGCAGCUGUUUGUAUGCAAUCUUUGUGCCGAGGAAGACUUGCUGGCAAACUUUUUGUGAAAAUAAAGUUGGAAGCAGCUGCGACAAAGAUUCAAGCAAUCAUACGUCGAGACCUAUUGAAAAAAAAUUAUGACCAACUCCGAGUCUCAGCAGUUGUGCUGCAGAUAGGUUUUCGUAAGAUGGAUGCCUCCAAAAAAUUCAGAUUUAGGAAACAAACAAAAGCUGCAACAAGAAUUCAGGCACGGUGGCGUUGUCAUAAAGCUUUUAUGACUUAUAAGAAGCUUAAAAGAGGAACAGUAGUUGCACAAUGCAGAUGGAGAGGAAAAGUUGCCAGAAGAGAGUUGAGGAAACUAAAAAUGGCUGCAAGGGAUACAGGCGCACUAAAAGAGGCAAAAGACAAGCUGGAGAAACAGUUAGAGGAACUCACAUGGCGCUUGCAACUAGAAAAACGUCUAAGGACUGAUAUGGAAGAAGCAAAAGCACAAGAGAUUGUAAAGUUGCAGGAAUCUCUAGAAGUUAUGCAGAAGAAAGUUAAGGAGGCUAUUGCUUUGGUUGUCAAGGAGCGAGAGGCAGCAAAGAAGGCUAUCGAAGAAGCGCCUCCAGUUAUCAAGGAAAUUCCAGUUUAUGUUGAAGACACUAAAAAAGUAGAAUCUUUGUUGGAACAAGUUAACAGCUUAAAGGAAUCUUUAGAGAAUGAAAAGAAGGAAUCAGAAGACUUGCGAAGAAAGUAUGAUUUGGAACAAGAGUCCUCAGAGGAAAGCCGUGCAAAAUUAGAAGAAACUGAAAAGAAAGUUCAUCAACUCCAAGAAUCUCUUCACAGGCUAGAAGAAAAGUUCACAAAUAUAGACUCUGAAAAUAAAGUUCUUCGUCAGCAAGCUGUGUCAAUGGCACCUAACAAGUUCCUCUCAGGCCGAUCCAGAUCAACUAUCCAGAGAGGUCAUGAAAGUGGGCAUGGUUUUGGGGAUGCAAGAAUGCAUGCGGAGGUGCAUAGUCCUUCAUCAAUGAACCAUAGGGAUUUCUCCGAGGUCGAGGACAAACCACAAAAAUCACUAAAUGAAAAGCAGCAAGAGCAUCAGGAGUUGCUUGUUCGUUGCAUUGCACAAAACCUCGGCUUUGCUUCAAAUAAGCCAAUUGCAGCCUGUGUCAUUUAUAAGUGUCUUCUGCAGUGGCGGUCUUUUGAAGUUGAAAGAACGGCCGUGUUUGACCGAAUAAUCCAGACUAUUGGCCAUGCUAUCGAGAAAGCCCAGGACAACAAUGAUGUGCUGGCUUACUGGUUGUCGAAUGCCUCAACUCUUUUAUUGCUUCUCCAACGCACGUUGAAAGCUAGUGGUGCUUCAGGAAUGGCUCCUCAACGCCGACGAUCAUCCGCUAAUCUAUUUGGGAGGAUGUCAUCACAGAGUUUCCGUGGAGCUCUCCAAGGGGUGAAUCUAUCAUUUGUACAUGGAGGGCUAUCUGGUGGGUUCGAUACUCUUCGCCAGGUAGAAGCAAAGUAUCCUGCCUUGCUUUUCAAGCAACAACUCACUGCAUAUGUGGAGAAAAUUUAUGGGAUGAUUAGAGAUAAUUUGAAGAAGGAGAUUUCCCCAUUGCUUGGAUUAUGUAUCCAGGCGCCACGAACAUCAAGAGCGAGCUUAGUGAAGGGAUCAUCUCGUUCAGUUGCCAAUAAUGCAGCACAACAAGCUUUGAUAGCUCAUUGGCAAGGAAUCGUGAAGAGCCUCGGGAGUUUCCUCAACACUUUAAAAGGAAACCAUGUCCCUCCAUUUUUAGUUCGGAAGAUUUUCACACAAAUCUUCUCUUUCAUCAAUGUACAACUAUUUAACAGUCUGCUAUUACGGCGAGAAUGCUGUUCAUUUAGCAAUGGUGAAUAUGUCAAAUCAGGGCUUGCUGAACUGGAGCAUUGGUGUUACCAUGCAACUGAUGAGUAUGCAGGUUCAGCUUGGGAUGAGCUGAAGCAUAUAAGGCAGGCAAUUGCUUUUCUGGUUAUGCAUCAAAAGCACAAGAAAACUCUCCACGAAAUAAGCCACGACCUCUGCCCGGUUCUUAGCAUCCAACAAUUAUACCGGAUCAGUACGAUGUAUUGGGACGACAAGUAUGGCACCCAUAGUGUCUCCUCAGAUGUUAUUUUCAACAUGAGGGUGUCAAUGACAGAAGAUUCAAAUCAUACGGCUAGCAACUCGUUUCUCUUAGACGACGAUUCCAGUAUUCCAUUUUCUGUAGAUGACAUUUCAAAAUCAAUGGAACAAAUAGACAUCGCCGACGUGGGACCGCCUCCGCCACCUCUCAGGAGCAACUCCGGCUUCAGCUUUUUACUGCCGCAGACCGAAUAGAUGACACAACAAUGUGAGUGUUCUUAGGGGAGCAACAUUAGUUCAGUGAGUGAAAAUUUUGAACAUUUCUAGUUGAGAGUGAGAUGUAUCAAAUUUUGGAAUUUCUUUCUAUGAUUAUAGGUUAAUACAAAAAGGUUUUUAUUUUUCCAAGGAGGGGAUAAAUCAAGAAUCAUCAUACUU